AUGUAUAUUCUAGUCCUCAAUUCAAAAGACUUUCAAGAUUUGCUCAGGGAAACACUAACGAACAGUUUGAGAUUCGAAGAUACACACAUGGAGGUCGGAGAAAGGGUCAAAAUCGUAAUUACUGUAGCCUCUCUUGUGGCGGCGACGGUUCUGGUGGUGGCUGAGUAUCGGCGGCGCCGCCAGCGGAGGAAGCAGUCAUCUUCUCCGAGCUCGUGUUAUCUGCAUUCCGAGCUCAAGCCUCAGUUCGGUUUCAAACGCGUUCUUGCGGAUAACUCUUACUCUGGAUUCAAACACUUGAAGCUCGACGAUGGGUCUUCCUCCAUAGAGAAACCUUCGAACUGUCAUCCGUAUGAAGCUGAGAUCAGUGUCUUGUUAGAGAAUCCUCAGCUUGAGUUUGAUUUCUUGAGAGGAGACUAUUCACUGGAACUGAGUGAUUCAUAUGUGUGGGUUGAGACAGAGUCGCAGUUGAAGGAGCUUGCAGAGACAUUGGCAAAAGAAGAGGUUUUUGCAAUUGAUACAGAGCAACAUAGUUUGCGUUCGUUUCUUGGUUUCACUGCUCUAAUUCAGAUAUCUACGCAAGAUGAAGACUUUUUGGUUGACACGAUUGCAUUACAUGAUGCAAUGAGUAUUCUUCGUCCUGUUUUCUCCAAUCCUGAUAUUUGCAAGGUGUUUCAUGGAGCUGACAACGAUGUACUCUGGCUUCAAAGAGACUUCCACAUAUAUGUUGUUAAUAUGUUUGAUACUGCCAAGGCAUGUGAGGUGUUAUCAAAGCCUCAAAGGUCACUGGCAUACUUACUUGAGGCAGUCUGUGGAGUGGCUACUAACAAAUUGCUUCAGCGUGAAGAUUGGAGACAACGCCCACUGUCGGAAGAGAUGGUGCAAUAUGCCAGAACAGAUGCACACUAUCUACUCUAUAUUGCUGAUAAAUUGACUACUGAGCUCAGACAGCGAGAUACUGAAGAUUCAUCUAGCCCCGAUGACAAAUUCCAUUUUCUUCUCGAGGCUAGUAGACGGUCGAACAUGACCUGUUUGCAAUUGUACACGAAAGAAAGCGAAGAUUUUCCUGGGAAUGCUGCUGCUUCCUCAUUGAUUUAUCGGCAUUUAAACGGUCACGGAGAUCAUUCUUCCAUCUCCUUGGAUGCAAAGGAGCUUGUAAGAGAACUUUGUGCAUGGAGAGACUUAAUGGCACGGAUUCAUGAUGAAAGCACACGAUAUGUGUUGUCGGAUCAAGCUAUUGUUGCUCUUGCUUCUAAGCAGCCAGCUACAACCGAGGAGAUAUAUGAUUCGAUAGCUCAAGCUGAUUUGGCUACAGAGUCUUCUCCGAGCUUGAGUUUUUCAGUUCAGUCUCCAUCUGCUGUUAUCUGUAGUCAUUUGGAUGAUGUCUAUCAGAUGACUCAGGACAAGUUGGCUAAGCUGGAUGCUAUUUUACCAGUAGUUCUUGAGAAAUGUUUGGGUACAGAUGGAACCUGUCCAGUUUCUGUCUUCAAUUAUUCGCUUUUGGUGAACUUCAAGACAAAGCUAACUACCCGCUCUGCUCCCAAGCAAAAUGGACAUAAGAACAACUUCAAGCAAUUCACUCGGAAGGCAUCGAGAGAUCUUUUUGUCAAGAAGUUUUCCUGCAAGGCUCCUGUUUAUCACAAUUGUAGAAUCUACGCAAAUGAUGGACGUCUGCUAUGUUACUGUGAUAGAAGAAAACUUGAAUGGUAUAUGAAUCGUGGUCUUGCCAAACUAGUCGAAGAAGAUCCGCCUGCGAUAAUGCUUUUGUUCGAACCCAAAGGACGUCCAGAAGAUGAAGGGAAUGAUUUUUAUAUCCAGACCAAGAAGAACAUAUGUGUUGGAUGUGGGGAAGGGAAUCACUAUCUGCGUUACCGGAUAAUACCUUCUUGCUAUAGAGUUCAUUUUCCAGAGCAUUUAAAAAGUCACAGAUCUCAUGAUAUAGUUCUACUCUGUGUGGAUUGCCAUGAAGUUGCGCAUGCUGCUGCAGAGAGAUACAAGAAACAGAUCGCUACAGAGUUUGGGAUUCCUCUCUUCGUUCGUAGAGUACUCGAUUCUAAAGAAGCACAAGGGGCAUCAUCGUCUUCAGUGGAGUAUGAAUCAACGGGUGACUCUGAGGAUGCAGGUGUCUCUCCAUUACAUCUUAGAACAGCUGCAAUGGCGCUCUUGCGACAUGGGAACCGAAUGCCAUCUAGUCGCCGUGAGGAAUUGUUGCAGACGGUCAAGAUGUAUUACGGUGGACGGGACAUAUCUGAAGAAGAUUUGGAAAGAGCUUUACUCAUUGGGUUGAGCCCUCACGAGAGAAGAAAAUUCGAAAGAAAGAAAGGAGUAUCGCUUAAACAUUCUACAGAGGUUACUCAUAUGGAUAAACAAGAAAACAGUAACAAUGAUACUGAUGCAAACGGUUUUGUAUCUUCAGUUGAAGAACAUGGUGAGGAAGCUCUUGGAGGUUCUGAGAAAGAUACGAAUGAAGAAAGUAGCAUAGCUGCUGAUGAUAGUGGCAAUGGUCUAAGUGGAGGAGAUAGAGCUCCAGAGCUAAAUGAUACUCAAUGUAAUGGAAAUACGUUGCACCAGCAGAACUCGAAGCUCUCCUUGCUAGGACAUGGACCGCACGGGAAACAGAUUGUAGAGUAUCUUUUAAAGGAACAUGGAGAGGAUGGAGUUCGGGACUUCUGUCAAAGAUGGAGACAAGUGUUUGUUGAUUCUGUUCACCCUCGCCAUUUGCCUGGUGGGUGGAAUGUUAGUCACAGUGGCCGAAGAGACUUUGGCGAAUUCAGCGUUUAUAAUCCCACAAAGAGGCUAUCCGCCGGGUAA